GAGAAAAAUACAAACUUGUGUUUUUUGGUAUUCACCUAACAAACAUAAAACGAUCCGAGACCAAAUAUGGACAUGUACGAGUACGAAAUAUCUCGUAUACCUAGAGUGAAGAUUCCCUGCAGUCAUCCGUUAGUUUCCUGGUGGCUGAUGCAUACUGGAAGUGGAGACCCCCAUGAGUAUCUUCCAUGCGAUGGAUGUGGUGACACGGAAGGCAACGCCAUUUACUGUAAAAUCUGCAAAUUCCGCGCACAUUUCGAAUGCAUCAUCCAGCCAGACAUCAUCAACCAUCCGUGUCACUCCAAACAUCCUCUCAAGAAAGUCUUGGCCGAGACAAUUGACUAUACAGAUGGUAACUGUCAUUUUUGUCGAAGCCCACUUGAUGAGGUGAUGUAUCAUUGUUCCAUAUGUAAUAUUAGCAUAGAUUUAAGCUGUUGGAUAUAUCCCCCACCACUUACUAUUUAUCAACCAAAGAGCCACAACCAUACAUUCACCCUCAUGGCGAGAAAGGACUCUUUCACUUGUAACGCGUGUGGGUUGGUUGGUGACCGUAAUCCUUACGUUUGUCUUGAAUGUGAUUUCAUGCUACACAAAGAUUGUAUCGAUUUGCCCAGAGUCAUAAACAUAAAUCGUCAUGACCACCGCAUCUCUCGCACUUACCAUCUCGGUCAGGGUGAUUGGGAAUGCGGAGUUUGUCGCAAACAGAUAGAUUGGACCUUUGGAGGUUACUCUUGCAAGCGUUGUCCUAGUUAUGCUGUUCAUUCAAAAUGUGCAACAAGGGGUGAUGUGUGGGAGGGAGAAGAACUAGAAGAUGAGCCUGAAGAGGAAGAAAUUGAAGAUCCAUACAAGGUAAUCGAUGAAAAAGAAAUCCUUCAUUUCAGUCAUGAACAUAAUCUAAGACUUGGUGAUGAUAAUGCUGCCGACAAUGAAAAGUGCCACGCUUGUGUUUUUCCCAUCAAUUCUGAUCCAUUCUACCAAUGUGUGCAAUGCAAGUUUCUCCUUCAUAAAGUUUGUGCUACUCUUCCUCGGAAGAAACGAAAUAUUCUGCACAACCACAAGCUCGAUCUACAGAUUCAGGGUAAGCCGGGAGAGGUUUUCUAGUGUAGCUAUUGUCUUCAAUUCUUCGAUGGCUUCAGGUACGAAUGUAAAUCCAGUGGACGCUGUAACGGUUUUUUUUCACUAGAUACGCGGUGUGGUUCCAUUUCCGAGCCUUUUCAUCAUGAACUACACCCGCAUCCCUUAUAUCGUACCUCGGCAGAGCGUAAGACUUGUGGAGCAUGUGGUAAAGAUUCAGAGUAUGUCUUAAGUUGUAUUGUUUGUGAGUUUGCUUUAGGCAUGGAGUGUGCCACUUUACCAAGAAAAAUAAAACACAGAUGCGACGAUCAUUUUUUAUCGUUGCAUCAUGGAGCUGAAAACUCCAGCGGUCAAUUGUGGUGUGAUAUUUGUGAGGGAAAAACAGAUCCGAGUGUAUGGUUUUAUGGAUGUGAUGAUUGUGGGAAUACACUCCAUAUCAACUGUGUACUUGGAGACAUGUAUUACUUCAAGCCAGGCAAAGCUGAAGUAGUUGCCAAUGUUGGUAUGACUAGACCUUUUUGUGUAGUUUGUGGAAAGCGUUGCAUUUUCUCUUCCUUUCUUAAGGCUACUACUGCUUUAGAUUUAAGUGCUUUAGAUCCAGCUGCUUCAGAUUCAACUGUUCUAUGCUCUUGUUCAAUUGAAUGUGCCUACGAACGCGGCCCUUACCGAGAUGCCGAGCCGAAGUGGUAUUAUGAAAGUCAACGUUGAGGAUGUUUGAAAGGUCCACAUGACACUAAAAAGUGCCAAAACGGGGGAGUGGGGAACUCUCGAAACUCCUAUCUUCAGAAAACGAGAAGUUAUAUUGCUUCAUAGCUUCUUUUAUCUUUACCUUUUCUUUCUUAUUUUUUAUUCGGAUUUUUAUGUGAAGUGUUGUGAUUCUUCGACGAUCUUCCGUAAUUUGUAUUCUGAUCCUAUCUGAACUUGUAUGAUAACAUGGAUUUUCUUCCAUAUUAUACAUUUUUCUUUUUCUUCAAUAUA